AUGAACAUAAAAGCACUCCACAGAAUAUUAGAAAAUAAUGAAAUAGAUAAAUCAAACUUAACAGAAGAGGAUAUUGAAUAUUUGAAGAAUUCCUUGAAUAUUUUAGGAUAUAAAUUGAAUAAUUGGCACGACAGAAAAACACUUGUUAUAACUGCCAUGCAGACAGAAGAAGUAUUAUUAAAGGACUAUGAAAUAAUUGCAAUGGAUAUAAUUUUAGAAAUUAUAAAUAAUGCAAAGGAUAUUCCUGUAAGUAGAUUUAUAAAUUGUGCUGUAGCUAAAGAACUAAUUGAGAAUAAUUGGUUAGUAAUAGAUAAUAACAGAAAUAUACAACUAUCAAAAAGAUUAAUUAUUGAAAAUACAAAUACUCUCUCAGAGAAAGCAAAUAUUAGUAUUUGUUCUCUUUGUGGUAUAAUUAAUAACAAAGGAAAUAUUCCACAUAUUGAGUGUAAUAUAAAUUAAUUAAAUACAGGUAUAAAAUAUACUAAAUACGGUAAAUGCAGUUAGAAUUUAAAUUUGUAUGUGAUAGAUAACUACUGUAAAUAAGAAACAUUGCAUGGUAUACGAUAGAAAUGGUUUAUUUCUUAAGUAGUUCUUUUAGUUGUGCCUUUCCAUUUUCUAAGUAUUCAUUAUACUCUUUGUUACAAACGCUUGGUACAUUGAGUGCUCUGCACACAGACAGAACCAAAAUACUUACAGAAAAUAAAGCACCAAGGAUUAUUGCUAGCCAGAAUAUAUUACAUAGUGUAUUAAGA